UUGCACAAGGUCAGUGCUGAGUAAUACGCUCACGGCACAAAGUCCCAUUGUGCUGGGGCUGCUGACUUCCUGCCGCGGCGGUGGGACGCGGCACAGGGAAGGCCCUGGCCCCGCGGUGCGGCCAGAGCCGGCUCCUCCGCAGCGCUGCCGGCGAUGCCCCGGUGCGCGAGGUGAAGCGCGGGCAGCACGGGGUCCCGCGGUGCCGCAGAGGACGGUGCGGCCGGGACGGCCCCGGGGCGUGCACAGCCGCUCCCGCCGGCUGCAGCCCGGCGCGGACAGACGGAGGCACAACCGGCCAGAGCGCGCCGCAAAACACCAAGAAAUAGAGAUCGCUGCUAAAAAUAGCGCUGGGGACGGGGAGAGGGGAGCCGCUCGCUGCAGGGCCCUGCUACGAUGAGCUCGUCGCCCCCCUGUACUCCUCCUCCAUCGGCGCCUCCUCCAGAUACAACAUCUUCUACUCCUCCAGCUUUGCCCGGCUGCACAGCACCAGCGGCUGGUCCCCCGACCCCCGGGACAAGCAGCCCUGGCUGCAGAUCGACCUGAUGCAGAAGCACCGGAUCAAUGCGGUGGCCACGCAGGGGACCUUCAACACGUACGACUGGCUGACGCGCUACAUCGUGCUCUACGGCGACCACCCCACCAGCUGGAAGCCCUUCUUCCAGCAGGGCAGCAACUGGACCUUCUUUGGGAACGUGAACGAGAGCGGGGUGGUGCGGCACGACCUGCACUACCCCAUCCUGGCGCGCUACGUCCGCAUCAUCCCCGUGGCCUGGAACCCGCGCGGGAAGAUCGGGCUGCGCCUGGGCCUCUACGGCUGCCCCUACUGGUCCCACGUGCUCUACUUCGACGGCGAUGACGCGAUCUCGUACCGGUUCCGGGCCAAGAGGAUCAGCACCCGGGAGGAUGACAUCUCCUUCAACUUCAAGACGGUGGAGCAGGACGGGGUGCUGAUGCACGGCGAGGGCGCGCAGGGCGACUACAUCACGCUGGAGCUCAAGCAGGCCCAGCUCCUGCUGCACAUCAGCCUAGGCAGCAGCCCGCUGCAGGCCGGCGAGGGCCACACCACGGUGGCGGUGGGCAGUCUGCUGGACGACCAGCACUGGCACUCGCUGCACCUCGAGCGCUACGGCCACCACGUCAACCUGACGCUGGACGGGGAGGUCAAGCGCUUCCGCUGCCACGGCACCUUCGACCAGCUCGACCUCGACACCGAGCUCUUCUUCGGGGGGGUGAUCGACCAGGACAAGCAGCACCUCACCUACCGGCAGAACUUCCGGGGCUGCGUGGAGAACAUCCUCUUCAACGGGGUCAACAUCGCCGAGCUGGCCCGGCACCGCCGGUCCAACAUCCGCUUCGAGGGCAGCGUGGGCCACUACUGCCAGGACCAGGUGAACACCCCCAUCACCUUCGCCGGCAUCAACAACUACGUGCAGGUGCCGGGGAUCCCGCGGAGGAACCGCCUGGCCGUCAGCUUCCGCUUCCGCUCCUGGGACACCGCCGGGCUGCUGCUCUACACCAGCUUCGCCGACCGCCUGGGCUCGCUGGAGAUGAUGCUGAGCCAGGGCCAGGUCAACGUCUCCAUCGCCCAGCCCGGCAAGAAGAAGCUGGAGUUCGCCGCAGGGCAUCGCCUCAACGACGGCUUCUGGCACUCGGUGCAGCUGGUGGCGCGGGACGGCUCGGCCGUGGUGACCAUCGACGACGACGACGGCGCCGAGUUUCGGGUGGCGCACCCCUUCCAGCUGCGCACCGGCAGCCAGUACUUCUUCGGAGGCUGCCCCAAGCCGGCCUCGCUGACGGGCUGCCGCUCGAACCAGACCGCCUUCCACGGCUGCCUGCAGAUGCUGAGCGUGGACAUGCAGCCCGUGGACCUGGAGCUGCUGGCGCAGCGCCGGCUGGGGCAGUACGCCGACGUGCUCUUCGACGUCUGCGGCAUCACCGACAGGUGCACCCCCAACCUGUGCGAGCACGACGGCCGCUGCGUCCAGUCCUGGGACGACUUCACGUGCGUCUGCGACCUGACGGGCUACAAGGGCGAGACCUGCCACAAAUCCCUUUACAAGGAGUCGUGCGACGCUUACCGGGUCAGCGGGAAGACCUCGGGGAACUACACCAUCGACCCGGACGGCAGCGGGCCGCUCAAGCCCUUCACCGUGUACUGCGACAUCCGCGAGGACCGGGCCUGGACCAUCAUCCGGCACAACCGCCACUACGCCACGCGGGUGACGGGCUCCAGCGCGGACCAGCCCUACCUGGGGGCGGUGGAGUACUGGAACGCCUCCUGGGCCGAGGUCUCGGCCCUGGCCAACGCCUCCGAGUACUGCGAGCAGCGCAUCGAGCUCCACUGCUACAGCUCCCGCCUGCUCAACACCCCCUCCGGGCUGCCCUUCAGCUUCUGGAUGGGCCGAAACAACGAGCGUCACUACUACUGGGGCGGCUCCCGGCCGGGCAUCCAGCGCUGCGCCUGCGGGCUGGACAAGAACUGCGCCGACCCCAAGUACUUCUGCAACUGCGACGCCGACCACGCGCUGUGGAGGACGGACAGGGGCUUGCUGACCUUCGUGGACCACCUGCCCGUCACCCAGGUGGUGGUGGGGGACACCAACCGCUCCGGCUCCGAGGCCCAGUUCCUGCUGGGGCCGCUGCGCUGCUACGGGGACCGCAACACCUGGAACACCGUCUCCUUCAACCGGGGCACGGCCCUGCUCUUCCCCACCUUCCAGGCCAACCACAGCCUCGACAUCUCCUUCUACUUCAAAACCACCGCCCAGUCCGGCGUCUUCCUGGAGAACCCCGGCUCCCGAUACUACGUCCGCGUGGAGCUCAACACCACCCGGGACGUGGUGUUCGCCUACGACAUCGGCAACGGGCACGAGAACCUGACGGUGCGGUCGCCGGUGCCCUGGAACGACGACGAGUGGCACCAGGUGAAGGCUGAGCUCAACGUGAAGCUGGCGCGGCUGCGGGUGGACAAGCUGCCCUGGGCGGCGCGGCCGGCCCCGCCGCAGAGCUUCGUCCACCUCGACUUCGACCGGCCGCUCUACGUGGGCGCGGCGGAGCACAAGAUGCGGCCCUUCCUGGGCUGCCUGCGGGCGCUGCGCAUGAACGGCGUCACGCUCAACCUGGAGGGCAAGGCCAACGCCAGCGAGGGCGUCCGCGUGAACUGCACCGGGCACUGCCAGGAGCCGCUGGUGCCCUGCCAGAACAGCGGGCUCUGCGUCGAGCGCUACAGCCACUACACCUGCAACUGCAGCGUCUCCGCCUUCGACGGGCCCUUCUGCAACCGGGACAUCGGCGGCUACUUCGAGGAGGGCACCUGGGUGCGGUACAACAUCCUCUCCGUGUCGCUGUACGCGGCCCGCGAGUUCGCCAGCAUCGUGGGCAGCCCCUGGCAGCCCCUGCCCGGCUACAACCUCACCAGCGAGGAGGUCAGCUUCAGCUUCAGCACCACCGCGGCGCCCGCCGUCCUGCUCUACGUCAGCUCCUUCGUCAAGGACUACAUGGCCGUGCUCAUCAAGGACGACGGGACCCUGCAGCUGCGCUACCAGCUGGGCACCAGCCCCUACGUCUUCGCCCUCACCACCAAGCCGGUGACGGACGGCAGGCCGCACCACGUCAACAUCACCCGCUUCUACCGCACGCUGUACACGCAGGUGGACUACCUGCCCGUCAUGGAGCAGCAGUUCUCCCCCUUCGUGGACAGCAAGCUGGACUCGCCCAAGAACCUCUACCUGGGGCGCGUGAUGGAGACCGGCGUGAUCGACCCCGAGAUCCAGCGCUACAACACGCCCGGCUUCUCCGGCUGCCUCUCGGGGGUGAAGUUCAACAGCAUCGUCCCCCUCAAAGCCAUCUUCCGCCCCACCAGCGCGGUGCCGCCCUACAGCAUCCGCGGGGAGCUGGUGGAGUCCAGCUGCGCCUCCAUGCUGCCCCUCACCACCGUCCUCAUCCCCCCCGAGAUGGACCCCUGGUACAUGGGCACAGAGUUCCCCCACGUGCACGACGACGGCUGGAUCGGGAUCAUCAUCGGCUUCGUGAUCUUCCUGCUGCUGCUGCUCGGGGGCCUCCUGGCGCUGCUCUACUUCUACCACCACCGCUACAAGGGCUCCUACCACACCAACGAGCCCAAGGCCAUCCAGGACUACGGCGGCGCCAAGCCGGCCCCCACGCGCACGGACCAGAACCUGCCCCAGAUCCUGGAGGAGGCCAAGGGGGACUAGCGGGGCGCAGCCCCACGGGCCCGGGAGCGGGGCACCCGCCGCGGCCCGGCGCCAGCCAGCGUCGCGGGACCAAAGGGCCGAGCGCGCCCCAACUGCCAGCACCCGCCUCCGGCCCGCCGCGCCGGGGAGCCCGCAGCGCCGGGGAGCCCGCAGCACCGGGGAGCCGGCCCCGCGGCACCGCCCCGCCACCUCUCCGUCGGGCAGGCUGCUGCCUGCUGCCAGCGCCAAACCCUGCCCGCGAGCGCGGCAUCCGCCGGGGCCGGGGCCCCCCUCGGCGGAGGCGGCAGCCCCGCGGCACGCGCCCGUCCGAGGCCGCUCGCGCCCUCCCGCUCCUUUUUCUAUCGGAAACGUGCCGCGACGCGGCCUGGCCGUCACCCGCCCCGCUAGCGACACUCGCGCAUAGGUUACCCGCUGCUUUACUCGCUUAGCAAGAGCCACGAACGAAGCCGUGCAAUAGAGAGCCCGAGAGCCCCGCGCCGGGCUGCGCGGGGAGAGGCUCCGUGCAACGCCCUGCCCGUGCAUGCCGCGGCGGCCGCUGCUGCGCAUGAUGCCACCUGCACUUUGCUGAGAGAUGCUGCUUUCAUACAAUCAGGUACAGAGUCUUUCUACCAUUUUGGUUGCUGAAUAUUCUACUACACUCUAAUUUUUUUAUUCUAUCGGUUUGUAUAAAAAACAAAACGGAACUUAACGUCAGAUGCUACAUUUAAACUGAGUGUUGUGGUAAGUGGUCCGUAGUUUGCUACUUCUCUGUAAGAAGUGCUAGUCCUGCUGAUUACCUCCAGCCCAGUGAAAGCUCCUGUUCACACGCUAUAUCGUGGUACGACAAUGUUACAGAAAUGCAUUUAUCUACCCAAAGGCCUGGCUCCACUGGGCACUUUAUUUUUAAAAAAUCUGUUUUGUUGAAUGAAAUGUGAAGAUACUCAAAUAAAGGCAGAAUGAUCGCGUUUGA